AUGGAAGCCGCCGGCUUGCGAGCUCUAGCACUCGCGGGGCUUCCUGCACACCUCCACCAAGCGGCCGUCGUCUCCGUUCUCAGCUUCCCUCCUCGUCUGAGGCGGCAGCGAUGGCGGUGGCGGCCUUCGCUCUCCCUGGAAACCUGCACCGGCAAGCCUCAGUUAUCCCCUCCAUCCAGCAUUUCAGUCAGUGAGUUCUUUCUCUCUCUCUCUCUCGCUAUCACCGUCUGCAGACUAAGCUCAGAGAUUAUGAUAAUAGUACGGAGGGUUUUAACCGUGGUUUUAUUUCUCCGUGGAUGGUAGCGGACAGAGGGGACGAAAGUUCGGGAGCUGCGGCGCAGGUCGAGUGGGGUAAGCUUCUUCAAGUGGUGUUAGUUUCUCCCCAGGUACGCGUGUGGACUUCGCAUCGAAGAUGAAUCUGAAUGCGAGGAGCUGCUCAUCAUCUUGCUCGAUCUUACCACCCGAAUCUCUGCAUCAGGAACUCGCAGUUUCUUGUUCGAUCUCCCGAUCACGAAAACCCUAGCCGAUCUCUGACAUCGAUCUUGCUCAGGCAAAUUCGAUGAAUCGAUCUCGUUUCUCUCUUACAAGAAAAAUGAUCUUUCGACCUCAUCUUAAUUCCAUCUCUCCGAAUCAUCAACCGCCCUAAAAUCCUUGGCAGAUCGCAGGAAACACCGGGUGUAUAGCAAGAACCUGUGCGGCGUCAGCUGUUGGGCUGCACCUCGUCGAGGUCUGCGGCAAGCAAUUCCUUCUCUCCACUAGAAUCCCAUGGAUUUGAUCGAGGUUUCUGCUCCUGUUCCUGUUCCUGUUCUAUGGCGCUCAUCUUCUUCCUCCCUCUCCUCAGCCAUUAGGGUACAAGGUGGACGACGCCAAGCUGAAGCGCGCCGGCCUGGACUACUGGCCGUAUCCUCAAAUCCUCCAUUAAUUUCUUAAAUCCUCUCAGAAUCGAGCUAAAUCGACGUGUUAAUCACCAUUAACCAGCCAAGAUCAGAUACGUGGUUGUAAAGAUUCAUAGGUCAUGGGCUGAAUUCAGAGAAUAUUUCCUGAAGCAGGUAGGCUACCCAUCUUCCCCUCUCAUGGAUGAACCCCGUGUCUGAAACCUGUUUCAUCUUCUUCUUCUUCUUCUUCCAGGAGGGAGAGAAGAGGCUGCUGGCGUUCACCAAGAGAGGAAACCAUAUCCACUCUGUGAGCUAUUCCUCCUACCCCUUAUGGUAUUACAAUGCGAAAUUAUGCAAUUCAUCCGCUAUUCCUCAUGAAUCCUCUCUCUCUCUCUCUCUCUACGGCAGGAUUUCUCUUACAGGCAGGGAGAUUGGCUGGUCUUCGGAUCAGAGACAUCUGGGUUGCCGGCGGAAGCCCUUGAGGAUUGCAGCGGCGGCAAAGUUCGGAUCCCAAUGGUGGAGACGUACGUCCGCUGCCUCAAUCUCUCUGUGAGCGUGGGGAUCGCCCUCUAUGAGGCUUCCAGGCAGCUCAACUAUGAACAGCUCCAGUGCCCCACCUUGGUCAGCGAGGCGGCCCAAGGCCUCUUCAUUUCAGAGGACAUCUAUGCCUGA